AUGGCAUCCGAGAAGACUCGUGCAUCAUCCUCCGCUGGGAGUGAGACCGAGGCAAUGGUGCCAGCAAUGCGUUGGCGGCGAAUAGCUCUUCUCGCUGUUGUCCUGACACUUGCUCUGGCUUUCAAGCAGAAAGGGCUUGAUCGGGCGAGUCUACAGUCGACCAUAAUGCCUCUCAUACCGUCAUCACUUCUGACAAUUGACCAACGAGUUGACAAAAUCAUGGCUCGGACUCCAAUGAUGGACGGUCACAUCGACCUCGCUGAGCGACUUCGCUCCGUCUAUUCGAAUCAUAUCUACCACCCCGACUUCAGAUCAAAAUUCGAACAUGGCGGCUCGAUCGGUUACAUUGACCAUCUCGAUAUUGCGCGUAUGAGAAAGGGCAGACAGGGUGGGUUUUUCUGGAGUUGCUGGGUGGAUUGCCCCUCCAACAGGCUGGAUUUCUCUAACGAGGUCUAUGCUCCUGUCGUCGUGGAAACUUUGUCACAGCUCGAUGUGAUCCAUCGUUUGCAGGCCACCUUCCCGGACGUCUUCUCUCCAGCCAUUCUAGACAGUGUUUCCGCCUUGGCCGCAUUCCAGCGCAAAGGCAAAGUCCUGUCUCCUAUCGGAAUAGAGGGCCUUCAUAUGAUAGGCCGAAAUGCCUCAACACUGCGGCUCUACCACAAAUUAGGUGCAAAAUACGCCACUUUGACCUGGAACUGCCACAAUGCCGUGGCCGACGCUGCGCAAGUCACCGUCUUGGACGACUCACUUGAUCCAGAAGCAGCCCGCCCAGCCAGUCCUCACUGGGGUGGACUGAGUCCCUUCGGAACCAAGAUCAUUCGCGAGAUGAACCGGCUGGGCAUGAUUGUUGACCUUUCGCACACACACCCAAAGACCAUGCAUGACGUCCUCGCAGGAAACCAGACCAAAUCAUUUCCAGGCUCCGAAGCACCCGUUAUCUUCUCACAUUCCUCUGCAUACGCUCUGUGUCCUCACCCGCGUAACGUGCCAGACCAGAUUUUGCCCUUGGUCAAGGGAACGGACUCGGUCAUCAUGGUCACGUUUGUGCCCCAGUUUAUCUCGUGCGUCAACUCCACCACCCCAGGGAAUUUGCCGACCUUCCAUCCGGCCAAUUCCACGCUGGAAUUCGUCGUGGAGCAUGUCAUGUACCUGGGCAACAAGAUUGGUUUUGAGCAUGUGGGAAUUGGGAGUGACUUUGACGGUAUCCCAGAGACACCUAGGGGUCUCGAAGAUGUAAGUAAAUUCCCAGAUCUAGUCCGGGAGCUGCUCAGACGAGGCCUCGAUGAUGCCCAAGUCGAGGGCGUCAUUGGCGGAAAUGUGUUGAGGGUCUGGAAGAGAGUGGAAGAAGUCAGCGCCGAAAUGAAGGCAAGGGGCGAUCUGCCACUGGAAGACGAGAUAUGA